ACUGACUUGCAUUGCUUGUACAUGUGAAACGUCAAGUCACAUUUCAAUGAGUUUAUGAACCCAAUGAAUAUAUACAUUAAGCUGUGAAUUCAUCUAGCGUGACUUUUGGUUUCCAUAAAGGCUUGAAUUUCAUAUAACUAAGUAAUAAUGAGUUUUGGUUUGCCAUCACUUGUUCCAAAAUCUACUGUAAACGACCAGUUCAACAUUCACGGUGACAAUUAUGGUAUACCUAAUCCAAUGGUUUCAGGAUUAACAGCAUCUAGGCAGCACAUAGGUUAUGCACAUCCAUUGGAAGCAUCUGAGAGAAGUUAUGAGAAAAAUCGUACUCGCAUGAAUAUGGUGUUAUUAAGAAACACACAAGGAUUACAUGCUCCAAUGCGUCUAGCAAUGGAAUUAAAAGCUACUGAAAAAAUUGGAAGACUUCCAUUUCUUCCAUCAUCACACAUGAUGAAAGAUGUAUUACUUGGAAAGGAUGCAGAAAUAGGGUUUGAAGACAUAUUAAACAUACCUGAAUUUAGAGAACAAAUGGGGCAACCACAUGCUGUUGUUGAAAAAAGUCUUGGAAUAUUAUAAACACGGAUAUUUCUAUUUCUAAUGAGUUUGGCUUUGUAUUAUUGAAUAUCUUAAGUAACAAUAAAUGUUUGGUCCUUAUAA